GCCGCACCGUAUAAAAGGGGAGGCGAGGCAGUGGGAAAGGCAGUAGGAAGUUUCUGCUGGGGUCCGGAUUGGAGCUACACAGUCAGAGCAGCCCUGUAUGACCCGACUCUGAGACAAAGAGGCCCAAAGAGUCUACAUGUCUAAUAUUUAGACAUGUUCAGCUUUGUGGAUUCUCGGUUACUGCUGUUGAUAGCAGCGACUGUACUACUCACCCGCGGGCAAGGAGAAGAAGACAUUCAGACUGGAAGCUGCAUACAGGAUGGACUAACAUACAAUGACAAGGACGUGUGGAAACCCGAGCCCUGCCAGAUCUGCGUGUGCGACAGCGGCAACAUCCUGUGCGACGAGGUGAUCUGCGAAGACACCUCCGACUGUCCCAACGCCGAGAUCCCCUUUGGAGAAUGCUGCCCCAUCUGUCCCGAAAGCCACGCCUCCCCUUCCUACCCAGAAACCACUGGAGUAGAGGGUCCUAAGGGAGACACCGGCCCCAAAGGAGACAGGGGACUCCCCGGCCCCCCUGGCAGAGAUGGCAUCCCUGGACAGCCUGGCCUCCCGGGACCCCCAGGCCCUCCAGGUCCUCCAGGCCUUGGCGGAAACUUCGCUCCUCAAAUGUCUUACGGAUACGACGAGAAAGCUGGCGGCAUGGCCGUGCCCGGCCCCAUGGGCCCAGCCGGUCCCCGCGGUCUCCCCGGCCCUCCUGGCGCUCCUGGCCCUCAAGGUUUCCAAGGUCCCCCUGGUGAGCCUGGAGAGCCUGGUGCUUCUGGUCCCAUGGGUCCCCGUGGUCCAGCUGGCCCCCCUGGCAAGAACGGAGAUGAUGGUGAAGCUGGAAAGCCUGGCCGUCCUGGUGAGCGCGGUCCUCCUGGACCUCAGGGUGCACGUGGUCUUCCCGGAACUGCUGGCCUGCCAGGCAUGAAGGGUCACAGGGGUUUCAGUGGUCUCGAUGGUGCCAAGGGUGAACCCGGUCCAGCUGGCCCUAAGGGCGAGCCCGGUAGCCCCGGUGAGAACGGCGCUCCUGGACAAAUGGGUCCUCGUGGUCUUCCCGGCGAGAGAGGCCGCCCCGGUCCAUCUGGCCCUGCUGGUGCUCGUGGUAACGACGGUGCCCCCGGUGCUGCUGGUCCUCCAGGUCCAACUGGCCCAGCUGGUCCCCCUGGCUUCCCUGGUGCUGCUGGUGCUAAGGGUGAAACUGGUCCCCAGGGUGCUCGCGGCAGCGAAGGCCCUCAAGGUGCACGUGGUGAGCCCGGUCCCCCUGGCCCUGCUGGUGCUGCUGGUCCUGCUGGCAACCCUGGUGCUGAUGGUCAACCUGGUGCCAAAGGCGCAACUGGUGCUCCCGGCAUUGCUGGUGCUCCUGGCUUCCCCGGUGCUCGUGGUCCCUCUGGACCUCAGGGUCCCAGCGGUGCCCCUGGUCCCAAGGGUAACAGCGGUGAACCCGGUGCUCCAGGCAACAAGGGAGACACUGGUGCAAAAGGCGAACCCGGCCCUGCUGGUGUCCAAGGUCCACCCGGUCCAGCUGGUGAAGAAGGCAAGAGAGGAGCCCGUGGUGAGCCUGGCCCCGCUGGGCUUCCUGGCCCCGCUGGCGAACGUGGUGCUCCUGGCAGCCGUGGUUUCCCUGGUGCUGAUGGCAUUGCUGGUCCCAAGGGUCCCCCUGGUGAGCGUGGGUCCCCCGGCGCUGCUGGUCCCAAAGGAUCUCCUGGUGAAGCUGGACGCCCUGGGGAACCUGGUCUCCCUGGUGCUAAGGGUCUGACUGGAAGCCCUGGGAGCCCUGGUCCUGAUGGCAAGACUGGUCCCCCUGGCCCCGCUGGUCAAGACGGCCGCCCUGGACCCCCAGGCCCACCUGGAGCCAGAGGCCAAGCUGGCGUGAUGGGUUUCCCUGGACCCAAAGGCGCUGCAGGCGAGCCCGGCAAACCCGGCGAGAGAGGUGCUCCUGGCCCCCCUGGCGCUGUUGGUGCUGCUGGCAAAGAUGGUGAAGCUGGUGCCCAAGGUCCUCCCGGCCCUACCGGUCCUGCUGGAGAAAGAGGUGAACAAGGUCCCGCUGGUGCUCCUGGCUUCCAGGGUCUGCCCGGCCCCGCUGGCCCCCCUGGUGAGGCUGGCAAGCCCGGUGAGCAGGGUGUCCCCGGAGAUGCUGGUGCCCCCGGUCCUGCUGGUGCCAGAGGCGAGAGAGGUUUCCCUGGUGAACGUGGUGUCCAAGGCCCCCCUGGUCCCCAGGGUCCUCGUGGUGCUAACGGUGCUCCUGGUAACGAUGGUGCUAAGGGUGAUGCUGGUGCUCCUGGUGCCCCUGGAAACCAAGGGCCCCCCGGUCUGCAGGGUAUGCCCGGAGAGCGUGGUGCUGCCGGUCUGCCAGGCGCCAAGGGUGACAGAGGCGAUCCCGGUCCCAAAGGUGCUGACGGUGCUCCUGGCAAAGACGGUCUCCGAGGUCUCACCGGUCCCAUCGGCCCCCCUGGCCCAGCUGGUGCUCCUGGCGACAAGGGUGAAGCUGGUCCCCCCGGCCCUGCUGGUCCCACCGGUGCCCGUGGCGCUCCCGGAGAUCGCGGUGAGCCCGGCCCACCUGGUCCUGCUGGAUUUGCUGGCCCUCCCGGAGCUGACGGCCAGCCUGGUGCUAAAGGUGAAACUGGUGAUGCUGGAGCCAAGGGUGAUGCAGGUCCCCCCGGCCCUGCUGGCCCCACCGGUGCUCCUGGCCCCGCUGGUGCUGUUGGUGCUCCCGGUCCCAAAGGUGCUCGUGGCAGUGCUGGACCCCCUGGUGCUACUGGCUUCCCUGGUGCUGCUGGAAGAGUUGGUCCCCCCGGCCCCUCUGGUAACAUCGGCCUCCCCGGCCCCCCAGGCCCCAGCGGGAAGGAAGGUGGCAAAGGACCCCGUGGUGAGACUGGCCCCGCUGGCCGCCCCGGCGAGCCCGGCCCUGCUGGUCCCCCCGGACCCCCUGGCGAGAAGGGCUCUCCUGGCGCUGACGGUCCCAUCGGCGCUCCCGGCACUCCUGGGCCCCAAGGUAUCGCCGGCCAGCGCGGUGUCGUCGGUCUCCCCGGACAGCGAGGCGAGAGAGGUUUCCCUGGACUCCCCGGCCCAUCUGGCGAACCUGGCAAACAAGGUCCCUCCGGCUCUCCCGGCGAGCGUGGUCCUCCCGGCCCCAUGGGCCCCCCUGGGUUGGCCGGACCCCCUGGUGAAGCUGGACGUGAGGGUGCUCCUGGUGCCGAAGGUGCCCCCGGCCGCGACGGUGCUGCUGGUCCCAAGGGUGACCGUGGUGAGACUGGCCCUGCUGGCCCCCCUGGUGCUCCUGGUGCCCCCGGUGCCCCCGGCCCUGUUGGUCCUGCUGGCAAGAACGGAGACCGCGGUGAGACCGGCCCCGCUGGUCCCGCUGGCCCCCCUGGUCCUGCUGGUGCUCGCGGCCCUGCUGGCCCACAAGGUCCCCGUGGUGACAAAGGUGAAACUGGUGAACAGGGCGACAGAGGCAUGAAGGGUCACAGAGGCUUCUCCGGUCUCCAGGGUCCCCCUGGUCCCCCCGGUGCUCCCGGUGAACAAGGGCCUUCUGGUGCUUCUGGUCCCGCCGGUCCAAGAGGUCCCCCUGGCUCUGCUGGCGCCGCUGGCAAGGACGGUCUCAACGGGCUCCCUGGCCCCAUCGGUCCACCCGGUCCCCGUGGCCGCACUGGCGACGUCGGCCCUGUCGGUCCCCCUGGCCCUCCCGGACCCCCCGGUCCUCCUGGUCCCCCCAGCGGUGGCUUCGACUUCAGCUUCCUGCCUCAGCCACCCCAGGAGAAGGCCCACGACGGCGGGCGCUACUACAGAGCUGAUGAUGCCAACGUGAUGCGCGACCGCGACCUGGAGGUGGACACCACCCUCAAGAGCCUGAGCCAACAGAUCGAGAACAUCCGCAGCCCCGAGGGCACCCGCAAAAACCCUGCCCGCACCUGCCGCGACCUGAAGAUGUGCCACGGAGACUGGAAGAGCGGCGAGUACUGGAUCGACCCCAACCAAGGCUGCAACCUGGACGCCAUCAAGGUCUUCUGCAACAUGGAAACAGGAGAGACAUGCGUCUACCCCACCCAGGCCACCAUCGCCCGGAAGAACUGGUACAUCAGCAAGACUCCCAAGGAGAAGAAGCACGUCUGGUUCGGCGAAACGAUGAGCGACGGCUUCCAGUUCGAAUACGGCGGCGAGGGCUCCAACCCGGCCGAUGUGGCCAUCCAGCUGACCUUCCUGCGCCUGAUGGCCACCGAGGCCUCCCAGAACAUCACCUACCACUGCAAGAACAGCGUUGCCUACAUGGACCGCGACAGCGGCAACCUGAAGAAGGCCCUGCUCCUCCAGGGCUCCAACGAGAUCGAGAUCCGGGCGGAGGGCAACAGCCGCUUCACCUAUGGCGUCACCGAGGACGGCUGCACGAGUCACACCGGAGCUUGGGGCAAGACAGUCAUUGAGUACAAGACGACGAAGACCUCACGCCUGCCCAUCAUCGAUUUGGCCCCCAUGGACGUUGGCGCUCCAGACCAGGAAUUCGGCAUCGACAUCAGCCCCGUCUGCUUCUUGUAAACCGGAAACCCCACGCGUACAGGAGAGUAAAUAAUAAAGAAAAAAAAAAAACAAAAAAAAAACAGCCAAAAAAGGAGAAAAUUUCACAUGGACUUGAAUUCGUGUCGGUUUCUAUCCAGCGUCGCUCAAACUAUUUUCGUUUCCGUAAAAAAACCCCAAAAAAGCAUUAAACCAAAAAAAAAUAAAAAUAAAUGACUUUUCAAACCAAAUAACCAGGAAGUGGGUUCGCUUGCUUGCCCUUCUCUCCAUCUUCUUCUCCUCCUCCUCCUCCUCGGUGUCGUUCCGUUUUACGCCCCGAAGACGGCGCGGGGCCGGCUCGGCUCGUGGCUCCCCAGCCCUCGACUCGCAGAGCGCCGCCGCCGCCGAGGCCCUUCCCGCGGCCGAGCCGAGCGCUCCAGCCCCGCCGAUGGCCUUCGAUCCCGGCAAGCCGCUCGGAGAGACCGACCCGCCGGCGCCGAGGCGGCGCGAAACCAGCAGCUCCCGCCGGCCCAACCUGCCCCUCGCCUCCUCCCUCCCCGGCCCCUGCGAGCGCUAAGAUCUCUCCUUGCAACCUGGAGUUGGGCAACAUCCAAAUUAACCGACCUUUCUCUGCCAGGCUCUUUGCUACAUGCAUUUUUUUAUAUAUAUAUAUAUAUUAUAUAUACCACUGAAAGGAAGAUGUUUAACUCAUUUAUAACCUGAUUUUUUUUCCCUCUUUUCUUUCCCUUUUUUUUUUUGUUCGUUCAGGCAGCAAAAAAAAAUAAGAGCCCAACCAAUUCACAGGGACCUGUGAGCCCGGACGCGGUGGCCGAGCGCUCCCCGCUCCUUCGGGGCGCUGGGGCCAGGCACAAAGACGAGCAUGGACCCGCUUUUUGCAGGCAAGCCCCCGGCUCGGCCGUUCCCCGAGGCAAACCCCGACAGCCAAAGCCCUGGAGCAGAGAAAACCGGACCGUUCAGUGUAUAUUCUCCUUUUCUGGAAGGCUACCUCACAGCUGUGGUUUUCUUUUUUUUUUUUUUUUUUUUUUCUUUUUUCCCCCCCCACCUCCUCCAAGUAGUUUUAGGUUCUUUUGGGGUUUUUCAGCCAUGCCGGGACUUUCCUGCCAGGUUCAGAGCAAAGGUGCUAAGUUUUGUCUAUUUUUCCUCUCCUUUUUGUUGCUAUGUUGAUUUUUUCCCCCCCUCUCCGUUCAAGGUCCAUCUGGAGUUGCCGAGGUUUUUACCCCCUGGAUUUUUGUCUUUUUUUUUCCUCCCCUUUUGUUUUAUUUUGGUCUCAUUGAGGAGGUUCGAGCUGGGCGAAGCCACCGCGCAGCGUCAGCCCCGGGACCGCUUGGUGCUACAGACAUGGGAACUGUCUGAAAAGACGUGAGUCUUGGGUUGAUUUUUGUUUUUUCCUCUUUUCUUUUGUUUUUUUCUUUGCUGCCCAGGUCGACUUGUGAAUUUUCUAAAGGUGCUAUUUAAACCCACACACACAUGCAUCCUUAAAGCAAGGCGUGGAGACAAAUGCAAGGUAGAGCCAAAAAGCCUUGAAAGGGAAAGGAAAGCACGUGAAAGCAGCCCUGGUUUCCAGGUUAAGCAGGUGCAUUUCAUUUCUGCUCUCAUCUUCCAGCAGCUUUCUCCAUCCAUCCAUCUCCCCCCUCUUUCUAACCCGCUCCUCCGCCACGCUCAUCCUGCCGUCCUCCGCAGCCACCACCAGCUCUUUUUUUAAACCUUCCUCUCCUCUUCUCACCGCUUUCUUGCUCCCUCGCUCCCUGCUGGGGGAGAGGAGGGGGUUUGAACCCACCCCGUUUGCCAGCCCAUCUCCCAGCGAGGUAGAUGUUCCAGGGUGUACGAGGAGUCUGUACCUAGUUUGUAUAUGUAUAAUAAUUUGAGAUGUUUUUAAUUAUUUUGACUGCUGAAAUAAAGCAUGUGAAAUGAUCCAACAAA